GAGGGAGAGAUUGACACAAGGCCCUGCAAGUGCGAAUGUUGAGGAUGCAUCAAUCACAGAUGAAUUGCUCGAGACUUUGCUUCACUCAACCAAACUCCGCCUUCUUUCCAUGGCGUCCCUCUCUAUCGUCAAAGCCUUCCCUUCCACCAAACGGUGCGUUUUGGUUGCAGAAGCCCGCGACCCUCUUGAACAAACCGUUAUCUUCAUCCAAUUCCAUCCCCAGUAAGCUUCAUCCUGCUCAAGCUUCGUCUUUUGACCUUUCUCCUCCUCCCAUCGACCAUGAUUUUCUGGAUACUGCGAAAAGUGCAGGGGCCAAGGUUUCGGAGGGAGGAGUAAUUGAAACAUUUCAUAAUGAUGAUGAAGCACUUGAUGCAGUGGACAAUGGCUCUGUGGUUGUGGAUCUUUCACACUUUGGCCGGAUAAGAGUCAGUGGACAAGAUCGAAUUCAGUUCCUUCAUAACCAGAGUACGGCAAACUUUGAAUGUCUACAGCCAGGACAAGGAUGUGACACUGUUUUUGUAACACCAACAGCUCGAACAAUAGAUAUUGCUCAUGCAUGGGUUAUGAAAAAUGCUGUCACAUUAGUGGUUUCACCAGAGACCUGUCCGAUCAUUACUGAAAUGCUGAACAAGUACAUAUUCUUUGGUGAUAAGGUAGAGAUUCAGGACAUCACCAAGCAAACUAGCUUUUUUGUUUUGGUGGGACCCAAUAGUAACCAAGUGAUGGAGAAGUUGAACCUUGGGGAUCUUGUUGGAAAACCAUAUGGCAGUCAUCAACAUUUUAGUGUUGAUGGGCUGCCUGUUUCUAUAGGAGUUGGAAAUAUCAUUUCUGAAGAAGGUUUUUCACUGUUAAUGUCUCCAGCGGCUGCUCCAUCUGUCUGGAAAGCCAUUCUUUCUCAAGGGGCUAUCCCAAUGGGUUCUACUGCAUGGGAAAAACUACGGGUCAUUUGCGGAAGGCCUGCUCCUGGAACGGAGCUAACUAAUGAAUUCAAUGUUCUGGAGUCCAACCUUUGGAACUCAAUCUCUCUUGACAAGGGCUGUUACAAGGGACAGGAGACUAUAGCUAGGCUGAUAACAUAUGAUGGACUCAAGCAGAGAUUAUGGGGAAUUCAUCUUUCAGCAGCUGUAGAACCGGGCAGCACCAUAACAGUUGAUGGCAAAAAGGUUGGAAGGUUGACUAGUUAUACAACCGGAAGGAAUCAAUCUGAACAUUUUGGAUUGGGUUACAUUAAGAGAAAUGCUGCCUCAGAGGGAGACAAUGUAGUUGUUGGAGACAACAUCGAUGGAAUUGUGGUGGAAGUUCCUUUUCUUGCUAUGCAGCGACCACCAUCAGGAAGAUCCAAUUGAGACCCAUGUUUAUUGAGAACAUCCAAGAUCCUUCAUCGAACAUAAUAUUCAAUUUUAAGGACGUGAAAUGUACAUGUUAUUAAUGAGUUUCUGAGUCUGAUGUGUCAUAGAUGUUGGAAAUGAUCAAAGUACACAUAUAAUAUAUAUAUAUAUAUUAUUCCAGUAUUUAAGAA